GCGGCGCUGCAACGCGCCCGGCUCAUGUCCGGCCCGAUGGCGCCCGGCACCGACAGGCUCAAGUCCUGCCAGUGUUUCUCAGCGGUGGCGAAACCUGUGAAGGGAGGCUACAUGUACCGUUACAAAAAGCGUUUCUUCGGCACCAACUGGCGGGAGGAGUACGCCAUUUUGUACGACGACUCGUCGCUCCUCUGGUACAAGAGCAAGGAGCGCAGCGAGCCGGAGGGAGCGCUGGUGCUGCGCUGCGCGCCCGAGCUGAUGGCGGUGGGCGUGUUCACGCGCGCCGUGCCGCGCCAGCCCGAGUUCCCGGCCGGCACGGACAUCCGGCGCGUGAUCGCGCUCGGCAGCAGCGUCAGCCGGCGCGUCCAGUGGUUCAUCUGCCCCUCCGAGGACGACGCCAAGUGA